GAGUUUUGGAAAUGGUCAAAAUCAGAUCACAAGAUUUAAAUGGAGAAAAAUAAAAAGACGGUGAGAGAGAAGUCGGUGACAACUAUUAUUUAUGGUCCGUUUCUCUUUUCUUUUUCCUCGUGUGCAAGGCCGUUGACAAAAAGAAGAAAGGCUUUUUGAUGGGACAAAAUGUUACUUUGGGCCAAGCCCAUAUAAUAGUUUACUCUGUUCUGGAAAACCCUUACUUAUAAGGUCUAAAAUUCGUCGUGCCCGGAAGAAGAGCUAGAGCGACGGCGACCGGAGAUUGAGAUUGAUCGGCAGAGAUAGUUAUUAAUCUUGCAAAAUGUUUCGAAGGAACAGGUUUCUGUCUUUGCCAAUGGUGAUCGGUGCAGUUGUGAUUGGUGUGGUUUCAGGGAAAGCUAUUUUCGGGCCUCCGCUUGAUCAGUACUGGAAAGAGAAGCUCGAACGAGAAGAAGCUGUUGUUGCCAAGGAAGAAGUCAUUGAAAAGAGCUCAGAUUCAUCGUCAACCUAAACAUGUUUGUACUAUUUUAUGAGCAGAGUGAUGUAAAUCAUACCGUGAUUUAAUUACGGAUUACAACGAAGAGCUUGGACAAAAUGUUUGCACGGAAGCAUUGUUAAUUUAUUGUACAAGGUGUGAUACUUACAGAAAGGCAAAACAGUGUAACAAAUGUAGUAAGUGCCUUGCAUUUCACGGUUUUGCAAAUUGUUGGAGAAUAAUAAUCCCUAAGCAGCACUCUUCUUAUUCUCACUUCAUCUUCCUCGGAGCAAAGUCAAAAACAAAUUUGAAUUUUGAUAAAUC